AGUGGGAAUCCAGAUGUGCAUGACAAUCUGAUGUGCCAGCUGAGAGACAGAGACCUGCUGGUGCCAAGUGCUAGAGGGUUCUGGCAGGUCCCCUUGGACCUUCUCUGCCCAGGUCAUCAGGACCUGACUCACCUUCAAGGCAAAGGCUGUGACCAUAGAUGCCUGUCAGGGCUGAAGCAAUGCUGGCAGCUCUCGGAGGCUGCUGUGGAAGACUGGGAAGUGAGGAGGCACCUGAGUGCCAGAGAACUGCCAGGCUGCCUUGGGGACAGGCUGGGAGAGCUAUGGUGGGAUGCAGGUGUGGGCAGGACAGGCUGGGACAGGUGGGAGAGAGAUGCACAUGGAGUCAGGACAGGGAAGGAGAGGUGGGAUGAGGAUGUGCACAAGGCAGAACAGGUGGGGAAAGAUGGCACAAGGAUGCACAUGGAGUCAGAACAGGCAGCCCCAGCACGAGCACAAGGCCCUGGGAGUCUACAGCCACAGCAAAAGAGCUGUUUUCAGAGGUGGAACCCUAUGGCUGAGCCAGGACAUCACAGUUUCUAAGGACAGACCUGCAAGGCCUGCCAUCCAGGAAGGCUCAUGGGAAAGCAGAGGGUGUCUCACUGAACAGACUCAGUAGCCACCAGUAUUAGGCCUGGCAGAAAUGUGUGACUGUCACAUCACCACAACUGCAUGGCAUCUGACAGAGAACAAAGAAGCUACCACAUUAACAUAGCAGCUUUUUAAGGCACUAAAAGCUGAGCAAGGGAGGGGAACACCAGUGUGAUGGAAAAUGGGCUCAUGCUCUGCUGGGAUUGACCCUUCUCUUGCAAGGGCUGCAGGCAGCACCGAACUUGAGGGCAGCAGAGGGGCCAACAUCUAUGCAAGGGAGCGCAAAGCGCAAGUGGGAAUAUGUGUUUGAAGGAAAAGCCACAUAUUGGGGAAGGGAAGGGAAUGCCUUUCCUUCUCACGCUCUUCCUGGCAGCCAGACCUGAUGUUCAGCAUGCCAGCAUUCAGCAGGCAGUGACACAUCCCCAGGUCCUGGAAGACUCGAUGCAGCAGCCAGGCAGUACAGAGCAGGGGCUGCCCGGCUGGGGAUAGCGCUGCAACCCAGCUUUGGGGCCAAUCAAACCAUGUAUGAGCUUAUAUUAACUCCUGAGAGCUUGUGCGUUCUCAGAACAGCUUUCAGAGAGCCCAGCUGCAGCAUAGCCUGGGGAGAGUUCAGCUCCCGAGGUGGUGGCUGUCCCAGCCUGGGGUCACAGGAGCUGCUUCCCAGUUCCCUGGUUGGUGUGACCACACUGGUGGCAGCAUCUGAGGCAAGACCAGAUGCUGGGGCGCAGGCCAGUUCCCUUUCAGCUGGAGGAAGGACAGUGCUGCAGUUGCGGCACCAUCCUGGGACUUAGCACUGAAAUCAUCAUCUGCCAUGCAGACUUCCUUCCUCGCCCCCUUUGCUGACUCCCUCUCCGCCUCAGUGCCCCCAUCUGUACAAUGAAACCCACAAGGUUUUCUCUGAAUGAACUUCAGUGGUAGCAUUGCCCACGAGUGGCUUUCUUGGCCCACAGCCCCUAUUUCCCCUUGCUGCCAUGCUCAUGGGGCAAAAGCCAGUCUCUCUGCACCAGCGUCUGCACACGGUCCAUGGGCAACAGUGCAGGAGGGAUUUAAGUGAGGACAGCAAGGCAGGUACUGGUCCUGGAGAGCAUCGUGCAGAGGAGUUGUGCAUGUGGGUGCAAGCACUGACUUCCAGCUGUGGGCAGGAGGCCAGGAACAGGCAGGAGCCCUUUUUCUCCAACACCUGGCCCAAGCAAUGGGGCCCCUGUUUUAGACCAGGGAUGCACACCUCUUUGUACCACCGAUACAAAGAGAUACAAGCUUGCAAAGAUUUAAGGUGGCCUUUCAAGGCUCCUGGUAUCAAAAGAUAGGGAGGGACAAGCAGGGCUACCUACCAGGGCCAGAGGUUAUUUGAAACACAGACCCCUUCAAAGAAGUCAUGUCUAGUCAUGACAAAAAAUAGUAUCAGGCAGGUAAGAUGUAAAAGCUCAAUAAGACAAACAAAAACAAAACAAAAAAAAGAGCAAAGAAGAGCCGGCAGAAGCAGCCAGCAGUCCUUUUUGCAAAGAUGUCAAGAGCUUUACAUCUGCCACAAAGUCUGUAGGGUCAAUAAGAGAGCAUGUCCUCACAGUGAAGGAGUAACAUCCCCCAGGGUGGCAGGACGGCUGCAAAGCGUGGCCCAAAUGCCAGUGCACUGUGAUGUUUGUGGCAAAAUAGGACAUAUGCAUGGCAGUAUGCCUGGACCCUGGCAUCACAGCAGGACAUUGCUCUCUGCCUACACCCUGCCAAAAUACGCCCUGCCCGUCCUCCUGGCUGUGCCAGAUGUGGAGGGUGCACUCUGCGGCAGGGUGACACAGGGGAGGCAGUGGGACCUGCCAAACCCAGACGUCCAGGGACACCUGCAUCCUGUCUUGCUGCAAACAAGCCAAAGCUGUCUUUGUGGCUUUGGGUUUGCCUUGUCUGAACAAAGCAUGUAGCUGGUGGACCCACUGGGGACAGCGGCACUGGCUUGCAACACCCCUGAUCCUCUGUGCAGCCCAGGUUACAAUCAAGGCUGGAUUUUUUUGAUGUAAAGCAAAGGGAAGUGUGAAGAGUGAAAGAAUGAGAGGGCUUCCUGGAAACUGCCUGGGCCACCCUUCCUCCACGGCUUUUGAAAUUUCAGAUGGAGUAAUGAAGAGCUUGUGGAGAUGCCAUAUACUGUUAACACAGGAACUGACAACCAUUGUGCUAGGAUUGAUGCACAGAGGGAUGAGGGAUGUGAUUUUUUUCAGUCUUUUUUAAUUUAUGGAAUUUCCCUACUCAUUUUCCAAAGAUUCCUACUGAUAAAGCUUGCUUUUGCAGCCCUUUGAUUAUUUUGUGAAAGACCCAGAAUCACCAAGGAGCAAGGAGAGGUGAUAUCUGAGUUGCUGCUGUUGUUGGGGCAGGGAGCAGUUGCUUCCCCCCACCUCACAAACCUCCCACACUGAGGCAGAGCACAGCUACCUCCCAGCUGCCUCCCAGGAUGUGCCCUGCUCUCUGUGGGUAAGCUUCACAUCUGAGCAAAGUAAGUAAAAAGGUAGCUUACUGGGGCAGACCACUGGUCCUAACAGCUCUGUUGCAGAAAGAGAUGAAACAGACCAGGGAGAAGAGGCCGAGACUGCCAUUCUGAGCAUAGGAAGGCACAAGGAAGGUGGCCAGGCAGAUUCCAGCUCUGCCCCUGAGAGGCAAAAGACUGCUGGAGUAUCUGCCCUCAGGCACCAUAAUUGCAGAAAAAAAAAGCCCGAUGAGACUUCUAGCAUGUUUCGCUCAGGGUCAGAUUUUUGGGGUGGCUGGGGGAGUGCAUGUGGAGAGGGUCACCCCACACUGUCCUGCUCGAUGCUGCUGAAUAAAGGUGUCAUGUGGUGUACAAAUCAAACAACGGAUGUGCAUCAGCCGAAAUCAGAGCCUGACCCCAGCCUUGGGAGUAUUGGGCCUUGCUGCAGACCACAGUAAAAAGGACGGCCAUGACAAGGGGCUUCAGCCUUGCUGCAAAGCCUCAGAGAAGAUUUCAGGGCUUGUUUUUCUACAGCUGUGUGUUUCAGCGGGGAAGUAUGCCAAGCACAGCCAGCAAGGGCUGCUGGGUGGCUGGGGAAGCUGGAGCCCAAGUUCAUGAAUUCCUGCCCUGUGCCACCUCUUGAUGGUUGGGUCUGCUGCUGUGACCAGUGCCACCAGCCUCCAGCCACACAGUUUCACAAGCAGCCCCUUCCCUGCCCACUGCCAUGGCUGUGCCACCUUCUCACCCUUUCAUGGUCAUUCCCACUCCCACCAUGUGUUGGCAACACAACCUGCCACAACCCAUGGGCUCCAGGUCCCCAGAGCUCUCAUCAGCUUGUUCCUGAGCAUCUGAUCUCAGUCCAGUCUUGAGCAUCCAGCCACUCCUGCCAAAACCUUGGCUUUCCUGCCCAUGGCAUGCACUGCCAGCUAACUAAAUGCCACUGCACUUUAGAAGUCCUUUUUAUCAUGAUUCUUAUCAGACAGUAACAAGGUGGCAGUUGUCUGAUGUAGUCUCUGCUUGACUUUACUGUGUGAGUAUGGAAGCUACAUCUUCCUGCAAAACCCCAGCCAUGAACCAGCACACCUCACAAGUCCUUCUGGGACUGCUAAGAUCUGUGCCAGGAAAGGAGGCAACCUAGCCGUUGCAGCUAGUAAUUGCUCUUGCCAGAAAACCUGAAAACUGUGGUUCUCAGACAAGAUAUCAGAAAACAGCUAGAUUGCAAAAGGGAUGUGAAGCUUCCUGGGUGCACAGAAGAGAACAAAAGCAACGCUGGCACUGGCAGAAGUUCCCUCUCCAAUGAGGAAGCCUCUUGCACCAUAUGUGAUUUCUCUGCGUGGCAGUUUCCUUUCUGUGCUUGCACUUCUUGCAAUCAGACGUGUGUGCUGUUGAGGCAGCCAGAGGGUCUGAGACCUCAGUCCUGCCCUGGGAGCAUAAGUAAACAUGGCCCUGCGAUGGACAUUUCUCCUCCUCCUCACACCUCUGCUAGCAGCACAGGAGCAGGAAAACCCAGACCCCAACAUCUCCGGAGAACCCCAGGAAACAGGAAGGUGUGAAGUUCCCUCCGACUGGGACCCCAGGCUGCAGUUCACCCCGGAGCAGAGCAGCUACGCCUUGAACGAUUCGGUGCAGCUGAGCUGUGCUGGGGAGUAUGUGCCAUCGGUCCCCCACAUCAGAUGCGUUUCCAGAGGGAUGCAGGCCUUGUGGAACGGGACUGCUACCUGCAAGGAAAUGUGCCAAAGGCCCCGCUGGGACUCAAGACUCCGACUGGUACCAGACCAAGAGAAUUACAGGAAGAACGAAGAAGUGAUGCUGAGUUGCACUGAUGGUUUCCAGCCAACCUUCACCCAUGUCAAAUGUGCGAGGGAAGUGCAGUCCAUCAGUCACAGGAAACCUGUAUACAGAGAGGUUUGGAAUGGAAGGGACAGCAGAGGCAGAUGGAUCCACAUUCGAUCCAGCGUGGAGUGCAUUGAAAUGUGCCAAAGGCCCCGGUUUGACCAAAGACUCCAACUGGCACCAGACCAGGAGAAUUACCAAAAGGAGGAAGAAGUGAUGCUGAGCUGUCCUGAGGGUUUCCAGCCGUCCUUCACCAAAAUCAAAUGUUUGAGCAAAGUCCAGGUCACGAGUUAUAGGAGACCUGUAUACAGACACCCAUGGUUUGGAAGGGACGUCAGAGGUGACUGGAUCCCCAUUCAGUCCGGUGUGGAGUGCAUCGAAAUGUGCCAAAGGCCCCGCUGGGACUCAAGACUCCGACUGGUACCAGACCAAGAGAAUUACAGGAAGAACGAAGAAGUGAUGCUGAGUUGCACUGAUGGUUUCCAGCCAACCUUCACCCAUGUCAAAUGUGCGAGGGAAGUGCAGUCCAUCAGUCACAGGAAACCUGUAUACAGAGAGGUUUGGAAUGGAAGGGACAGCAGAGGCAGAUGGAUCCGCAUUCGAUCCAGCGUGGAGUGCAUUGAGGUCUUCCAGGUUGUCCCUGGGACCUUGGAGAUUUCAAGCACCAGCAUCAAACUGAACUGGACCUGCCGGCUCCCUGACACCUGCCAGCACAUGCGGGCGACCUGCCGUCUUGCAGGGCCUUCCCCCCGUCCCUGUGAAGCUGAGGAAGUGGAGGGAGAGGAGAUGCUACAUGGCCAGGAGGGAACAUUCAUCUGCCCCCCUCUGCAGCCCUUCACUGACUACACUGUCACCAUCUCACUGCCGCCCAGCACAAUUCUUUUCAAGUGGUUGGUCAGAACAGAGGAAACCGUGCCGGACAAACCAAAGAAGCUGAGGCUGAGUCCGAACACGGGGUCUCUCAGGUGGAAGGCGCUGCCCCCCUGCAAAGGGGAGAUCAUCGGAUACCAGCUGAACAUCACGGCCAGGAGCGCGCGGGACGGCGGCUUGCUGCAGAUGGAGCGGCUGCGGCUGAGCCGCUCGGUCACCGAGCACCCGCUGCCUGGGCACGGCCUCGGCCACAGCUACACGGCGACGCUACAGGGAGUCACGGCCAUCGGAGCCGGGGCUGCGUCGCUGUGGGAGUUUCAGCCCGACGGCUUGGACACGCCGCACCCUGCCGGCAUCAGCUGCCGCAGCGUCCGUGACGUCUCCCCAUCGCAAGGGACGGCCGUGCUUCCCCUCCAGCCCAUCGCCCGUCCCCCCGCGGAGGUGAGGGAGCACCAGCUGAUCGUGGCCGCCACGCACAAUGGCACGGUGGUGGAAGGCGCCUGCUCGGGGGAGCCGCAGCCCCUCAACGCCAGCCGGCAGCCCGACACCUACGUGGCCGCCGUGCUCAACCUCACCGCCCCCACGGACUUCGUGCUGGGUGCCGGGACCCACGGGCAGGGUUACCGCAACGCUGCGCUCCGCCCGGGCUGGGACUACACGGCCCUUCUCCGCCUCAUCCAGCGCUCACAGGAGGCAGAGAAGUUCACCUGCAUCUGCUACAGCUUCUCUCUCGGACAGGAGCCGACACCGCUGCUAGAGAGGAUGCCUGUGGUGCUGGCAGUAGUGCUGGUCAUUGUACUCCUGGCACUGGGGAUUUUGCUGCUCUUCGUGCUCUUCAGGCAAAAGUACAACGGUUCAAAAACCUCGGAGAGCAACAGCACUAUCCCCCUGCGAAGAUGUCAAGGAGGUGUGUGCAAGCUGAACACACAGAUCCCAGUGGAGGAACUGCUGGAGACUCUGAAGAGGUUUAAGAGGGCAGAAAUAGAGGCAGAGCUGACAGAGGAUGAAUCACUCGACAGGCACGGUGCUGGGCGUCUGCGAGAGUAUCAGCAACUGUCCUCCACUUUGUUGCACCCCUGUGAUGCUGGGAAGGAGCUGUGUAACCAGAGCAAGAACCGCUACAAGAGCAUCAUCCCUUAUGAUCACUGCCGUGUGGUGCUGCAGCCCUCUGACACAGGGAAUGGCUACAUCAAUGCCAGCUAUGUUGAUAGCUACCGGAGUCCACGCUUCUUCAUUGCAGCUCAAGGCCCCUUACCUGGGACAGUGGUGGAUUUCUGGCAGAUGGUCUGGCAGGAGAAGAUCUCAGUCAUUGUGAUGUUGACAGGCUUAGUGGAGCAGAACAAGACUAAGUGUGAGCAGUAUUGGCCAGAGCAGGAGCAGGUCUAUGGGGACUUCACUGUGACACUCAGCAACACCAGGACCACCACAGGCCUCAUCAUGCGCAUCUUCUGCCUGCAGAAGGCAGGCUGUGCUCCCCUAAGAGUGGUGGAGCAGUUUCACUACCUGCUGUGGCCAGACCAUGGGGUCCCAAGAAAUUCUGCCCAACUCCUGUGCUUAGUGGAGAUGGUGAACAAGACGGGGUUGGAAAAACCUGCUGGACCCGUGCUGGUGCACUGCAGUGCAGGGAUCGGGCGCACAGGUACCUUCAUAGCCCUGGACUUCCUCCUGAAGAUGGGGAAGGCUGAGAGGAAGGUAGAUGUGUUUCACUGCGUGCAGAGGCUGCGAGAGCAGCGGGUCAGCAUGGUGCAGACCAAGGAGCAGUACGCGUUCCUGUACGAGGUGCUGCUCGAAGGCUUGCUCUGCGGCAGCACCGGGGUGCCAGUGGAGAGCAUCACCAGCCAUGUCCGCUGCCUGCGAGAAGCUGAGACCUCAAAGCACAACAAUGUUCUUGAGAAGGAGUUCAAGGCCUUGCAGAAAUUUUCCGAGUUGUUCCAGCUCCUGCCAUGCAGAGAAGCAGAGAAACCCACCAACCAGCCCAAGAACCGCAAGCCAGGGAUCCUGCCAGCGGACUCCUGCCGACCUAUCCUGAUGUCCUUACUGAACGCAGAUGGCUCACCAGGUUACAUCAACGCUGUUUUUGCCAGCACAUACAUUGAGGAGGACAGACUCAUCAUCACCCAGCUGCCUUUUCCCACCACACUGGUGGACUUCUGGGCUCUGGUCUGGGAUUACACCUGCACAUCGGUGGUUGUGCUGAACCAGGUCCAGGAGCUGGACAAGACAUACGUGGAGUUCUGGCCCACCCAGGGUCAAGCUGCCUACGGUCAUUUCAAUGUCCACCUGAUCUCAGAGGAGCCUGAAGCUGGCUUCACAGCCUGGACACUUGCCCUCACCAACAGGCAGCAGCCCAAGAAGUCUGCACUGGAAGUCCGGUUCUGGCAACUGAAGGACUGGCCCAUGCAGCAUCGUCUUCCCCCACACCCUGCCACCAUCAUCAGUCUGCUAGGGAAGGUGGAGACACACCAUCGGCAGAGCCAAGACGGUCAUAUCCUUGUCACCUGCUGGGAUGGUGCCAGCCGGAGCGGGAUCUUCUGUGCUGCUAGUUUCCUGUGUGAGCAGAUCCAAAGUGAGGGCCUGGUAGAUGUAUCCCAGGCUGUGAGGAUGCUGAAGAAGCGGCGGAGACAGCUGAUUAAAGAUGUGGAGCAGUAUGGACUCUGCUACGAACUAGCCCUCAGUUACUUGAAUUCAUUUGAAACCUAUGGGAAUUUCAAGUAGAGGCAUGUCCACAGCCCAUUUCUGGCCUGGCCUCUGACUCUAUUGACAGCCCUCCAUCAAUAACAAUAGAAACCAGAGGAGACAAGAGGGAUGUGUACAGCCCUAGGAUGCUUUACUCCUCUGAAAAGCCACCCCAAGGGUCUUCUGUGUCUGGAGGGCACAGGCUGGACUGUUUCCAAAUUGUGGUCAGGCUUUGAAGUGGGAACCUGGCCCUUAGCCCAGAGUUUUCACAGGAAUUUACCUGGAAUCACAGCCUGAGUAUGCAGACGAGAGCAGAGGCACCAGGACCUGACCUGUCUGUGCCAGGGAUGAAAAGAACGAGCUGUCUCAUCCACAUGCCUUGUCCCUCCAGGCAGCCCCAGGGAAAAUGGGGUGGCUCCCCCAGCACCCAAACUGUGUUUUGCCAUCAAACAGCAUCAAAGCCCUGUAAGAUCCACAAGGCUCAGAAGUACAAGCUAUCUGUCCUACUUUCGAAGAACCGUGAAGCCCAAAGCCAACAAAAGCCAAAGGAAGGACAAUCCAGUCCUGUAAGGCUAGCCUGGUCCUUCCCGCCCCACACAAUCCCUUCCUGGAGCUCCUUCUUCCUGAUGCUGAUCCAGGUGCCACAGCCCUGCCAGGUCCAGAGAGGCUCCCUCACCAGCCUGUCUGGGUUGACCAUGGCAAUCCCAGGUGGUAGGGGGUCAAUUUAGAUAUCCUGGAUGUGGUCCUGGCGGAGGCUGCUGCACCACAGAGACUGGUUCUGCCUUUGCUGCUCAAGGGCAAAGGGCCUCAGAGCCAGGACUGACUCCACGCCUUUGUGUUGUGUCUCACCAAUAAAGACUCUGUGCUGGC